AUGCAGACCGAAUCCAAAGCACUUCCUUCCAUACCGAAAAAAGGCUCGUCACUGAGCCGCAGCAAGGUCGCGUUGCACGUCGAGGUCCGAUUACGGCCGAGCUCUACCGCAAGAAACGAGGAGGUGCGAGCGGAAGUCACUUCUUUCUUGACAACUGACGAAACAAUACAUGGCGAGUCCGAAGUAAGAGACUUGUCAGCCUCGCCUUUCCUUACAGCCAACGUCGAUAGGAUACGAAUAGGAGAGAUCGCAUCAGCACCAGAUCAUAGACCUGUACACAUCAAUGAUGUCAAGCUCGAGGUACACGUGUACCAACCCUCAUCGACCGACAUUGUAGAUGAAUUCUCCGCCGCUGACCCAAAUGCAGACGAAGGCGACGAGACGACAGCUGCCAGCGUGGCCGAGCUUCCCAACCGCAGUCUUGAUGGAGUCUGGGAUACACUGGUCUACGAAGACGGUAUCAAAUCAAAGCUGCUCAACUAUAUUUACACCACAUUGCUCUUCUCGGAUGCCAACGUCGACUUCAACCUCGUCUCGUGGAAUCGCGUCGUCCUCCUCCAUGGCCCGCCAGGCACAGGCAAGACAAGUCUUUGCAAAGCAUUAGCUCAGAAGCUCGCAAUACGUCUCUCAGAUCGCUACUCACACGGCAAGCUAGUCGAGAUCAACAGUCAUUCACUUUUCUCUAAAUGGUUCUCAGAAUCCGGCAAACUUGUUCAGCGCCUAUUCAGUAUGAUCACAGAAAUGGUCGAAGACGAAGACGCCUUUGUUGUCGUGCUGAUCGACGAGGUCGAGUCGCUCACUGCUGCUCGUAGCGCUGCUGCAUCAGGGACGGAGCCAACCGACUCGAUUCGUGUCGUGAAUGCUCUUCUCACACAGCUGGACAAACUCAAGCACCGCAAAAAUGUGCUCAUCAUGACGACCUCCAACAUCACCGAAUCCAUCGAUACAGCCUUUAUCGACCGUGCAGAUAUCAAGCAGUACGUCGGUCUUCCACCGCCGAAAGCCAUCUAUUGCAUCCUCGAGAGCUGUCUUCGAGAGCUGAUCCGUGUCGGUCUCAUCGCACCGAUAGCGCUACCUUCCUACGACGUCUCACUCAGCCAGCAUCAAGCGAUACACCAAGGGGCACAUACAUCGGAAAUGAGCGCGUCGAGUAUGGCCGGCGUACAGCUGCUCAACAUUGCAUACGGAUGCAAGGGGAUGUCCGGACGCUCUUUGCGGAGACUUCCCGUCUUGGCGCACGCACAUCAUAUCGGCAUGGCAGAGGCACCAAUCGAUUGCGAGUUGUGGUUAGAAGCCAUGGCCAAGGCGUUCAGAGAGAUUCAGGGCGAGCAGCAGAGUACAGUGAAUGGAAGCCACGGCGCAAACAGCACCGAGCUCUAG